AUGAAAGUGAUGCGAUCACAAGGCAGUUUGCAAAUGGAUGUCCCAGGACACUGUACUUUAAUUUACUGCAAAUGGCAAAUACCGUACACUUUCGAGCAUUCGCAAUUCACCUCAACAUUUAACUUCUCAUCUGAAUUCGAUUCAUUGACAAUAAUUACAGGAACCGAUGUGCGACGAUUUUCGACGAUCACUGGAAAACAGUUGAAGCGAAGUUGGAAGCGCGUUGAACGUACCGAUACUACUGUUCUGUACCAGCGAACUUUGCCUGAGAAUUAUACUUUGGACAAGAUAGCCUCGUUCUCCGUUAAAUGGAUGGGAGCUGAUGACUGCUACUGUGAUGAGACGGAACCUCGAGUUCAUCAAGCAGUUGUUGACGAAUGGAGAGAGUUGACCUCACCAGCAUAUCCUGUUCCUUAUUGUAGCGAUUUAGAGUGUGUAGAUAGGAUUGUCGCUCCCACUGGGUAAGC